AUGGCAUUGCUAAUGGCCGACAUUAACGGGGCUCCACACCAUCCGCAUCCGCAUCCGCACCAGCACCAGCACCAGCACAGACGCAGUAGCAGCUCCAGUCACACCAGCCACGCGGAAAACACGAGUAGCUUGGCCACGAAACCGGCCAUCAAUUUGCUCGGCAAUCAACUGCAGGUCAACUACUUCGAGUUCCCGCCCGCCACUCGUCCGCCGGCUUCCGACCAGCCACUGUGGGUCAGUCGCGGUCGCAACACAGCCUCCACCCCGGCCCUGAACUCCAACUCCAGCAACAGUUACAACAACAUCCACUACAGCUCGGCCGUUGCCAAAGCAGCCGCCUCAACAGCUUGUGCACUUCUUGCCACGUGCCACGUGUCCAGAGACUCCCCCCAACAUCAGCAAUACCACCUCCAACAACACCAACAACACCAACAACACCAGCAGGAAGAACCACAAACACCAAGCAGCAUGGGUCGCCGUGAGAUAAAGCGCUCCAACACCAGUGGCUCCACCACCAGAUCCUACGACAGCGGCAGCGCAACCACAAAUUUUGUUGGGAAAUUCACACAGAGCGUGCGGCGGAUCGUUCAGGAUGUGAAGGACGAGGGUGCGCCGAGUGGAAUGACCCGGGACGAGGUAAUCGAAACCAAUGAAAGGCUGCGCUCACUCCGACUGCGAUUGGAGGAGUCCUACGAGACGGCCAAGCAAGCGCUCAUAAACCUCAUGAACAAAUACGGCGACUCGAAGAGCCAGCGCAACAUGUUCCAGCGCUAUCCCAUGCUCAAGUUGAUGAUAAAGGAAGUCAUUCGGCUGGAGACCCAGUACUGGACCCUGGUGGACAUACCGCGUCAGGAGAAGCAGGAGACUGUGCCCUCGUACGUUAUGCGCGCCUGCUCGAUCAUGGAGAAGACCCAGAAGUCAGGCGAGGGGGUGAAAACGUCAGCCAAGCUGGCCGACGAGGCGGCCGAGCGGCGGGAGCGGAUGGAGCGAUUGGAACACAUGACAACGGCUCAAAUCGAGCACGAGAACACACAGCUGAUAAACGAUUUGUAUCGCCUGCUGAAAAAGUAUCUGGGGCUGCGGCAUCUCAUCCGAGUACUAAAGGAAGAGUACGGCAGCUCAAAGAUGUAUCCGAUAUUUCCACGCUACACAAUGCUCAAGGACAUGAUAAAGGGCAUCAUGCACGACCCCGACUACAUGGAGGUGUGUCACGAAACGCUGGCCAACGCCAACUGAGCCGAGGCCACCGGAAAUGGCAGGCGUCGCAUGAGUGUCAUUUGAGAAGGGCCUAAAACUAAUACAAAUACAAAUACAAACACAAACAGCAGCAUACACAGGCGCACGACCUGGGAGUAGGAGUUGGAUGGAGUCCAAGUACUGAUCCGUGUGUAUGCUGUAUUCGCAUGCGAGUUUCUGCCAUUCCGGGAUGUUUUAGAAAAUGUUCAGCAACUUCUUUGAGGCUCUUAGUCCCGCGAAUGUGCGGGCGAGUGAGUAAAACCAAUCCUUUUCGGUAAUUUUAGCCCAUACUCAAAGGCACACCAUGACAAACUAAUCAAACAACUAACUAACAAACUAUGUACACCCGUACCCCACCACCUACCACCACCUACCACCAACUGAACAUGUAACUAUUUACACUACUCAACAAAGAACAAACACUUGGAUACUCUUCGGUACUAGAGUGCCAGCAAACAAACUAAAAGGCAUUUAUUUUAAUGAACUUUUGAGAUACAAGAAAAACAAAACAAAACAAAACAAAACAACCAACAAGAUGCAAAACACAACAUAUUUGUACGUAUAAUGAUGAAAGAAUCGCUCAAGGUGAAUUCUGAAGAAAAGCCGAACCGAAAGUGUAUGUAACUUGUAACUACAACAGUAAACUGAAAAAUGAUGAUAUACCUAUUAACGAGUACCCUAUAUGUAAUAAGCAAGAUAUAUAGUAUGUAUGUAUAUGUGAAAUAAUCAAACUAACUACAGCAACAGUUGAU